GCACGGUGGCAUGCCAUGGCAGAUCGCACCCAUGCUACGUCGGAACCAGGUCGGAUGCCGCGAUAGCCGCGGCGCCUAACACGAACAAGGCGCCCGGGCGUUCCCGCGCGCCCACAUAUGUCCACAGGACACAACAGCACGUAUGGAAUACCUGUUGCCCUUGCAGGUAGACCUGUUGUGGAUCACGUCGGCGAGCCCGGUUCGGCCGCUGUUCCGCAGCCUCAACCCGCUUCAUCGAGCUCGACGCGAGCUGCGCCCCUGUUGCCCACCACCGUCGAUAUUCCUGUCCUUCCCGCGCUGGAUUUCACAGGCGUGCGCGCGCGCGCCAAUUGGGAGACGGACCGGGCGCCCGCGAGGUUCGAAUUCUUCCGCGGUGGCGGCUGCGUCAAUCUGGAGUCAUUGGUCGAUGCGCGAUCGAAGCAUCGCUCAGGACAGCCGGAAGGCUUAUCGGGCCUGCUUCCAGCCACUGGGGUGCGCUUCCUCGAGCGUCCGUUUCUCGCGCUUCCCGUCCUGGCGCUUCGACUGCACCCACAAGCCGCAUUUGCGCUCCCUUGCACGAUUGGCGGGCGCGCGUUGUGCGGUGGGUAGGCUGCAAGAAGGCGACGACCGCUUAUGAAUUUGUAAAGGCGUUAAAGGCCCCGACGCACGCUAAUCGAAAUCUCUGAAACGCUGAAACGCUGUUUUUUUUUU